UUUUACUUCCGCUGGGUCUAUGUGGACUGAUGAAAUGUAGGAAAUCUGUUUCUGGCAGGGGGGAAAAAUUCGUUUUCCCAACAGCUCCGAGAGGAGCCAUCAGAGAAGUAUGAAGAGGGGCAGUGCGGCUGGAGCUGCUGCCGCCCGGCUGCUGGGGUGCGGAGAGCCGCUGCUGCAGGACCUGCGCCGGGAGGGGCCCGCGCCCCAGACGCUGCGGGAGCCUAGCGGGGAGCCCCGGCGCCCCUGAGAGCCGCCUGCAGCCCAGCUCCGGACGCGGGGGUAUUACAAGAGGAUAAAUAAUGUGCACUGCUCUGAGCCCAAAGGUACGCAGUGGACCUGGCCUCUCUGAUAUGCAUCAGUAUAGCCAAUGGCUGGCCAGCAGACAUGAAGCUAAUUUGCUACCAAUGAAAGAAGAUCUGGCCUUGUGGUUAACCAAUCUGUUAGGGAAGGAGAUUACAGCAGAAAGCUUUAUGGAGAAGUUGGACAAUGGUGCCUUGCUCUGCCAGCUUGCAGAAACUAUGCAGGAGAAAUUCAGAGAAAGCGUGGAAGCUAACAAGCCCACAAAGAGUCUGCCCUUGAAGAAGAUUCCAUGCAAAGCCAGUGCACCACCAGGCUCCUUUUUUGCCAGAGACAAUACAGCAAAUUUCUUAUCCUGGUGCAGAGAUUUGGGUGUGGAUGAAACAUGCCUAUUUGAAUCGGAAGGUUUGGUCCUCCACAAGCAGCCCAGAGAAGUGUGUCUCUGUUUGUUAGAGCUUGGCCGGAUUGCAGCCAGGUAUGGUGUAGAGCCUCCUGGUUUGAUAAAAUUGGAAAAAGAGAUUGAACAAGAAGAAACACUUUCUGCUCCUUCUCCUUCCCCUUCUCCAUCAUCAAAAUCUUCUGGAAAAAAGAGUACAGGAAAUGUACUGGAUGACGCAGUGAAACGGAUUUCUGAAGAUCCUCCUUGCAAAUGCCCAAACAAGUUCUGUGUUGAGCGGCUCUCCCAAGGGAGAUACCGAGUGGGAGAAAAGAUCCUCUUCAUUAGGAUGCUGCACAACAAGCACGUUAUGGUCCGUGUUGGAGGAGGAUGGGAAACGUUUGCAGGGUAUUUGUUGAAACAUGACCCCUGCCGAAUGCUACAGAUCUCCCGCGUGGAUGGGAAAACAUCUCCCAUCCAGAGCAAAUCUCCAACCCUAAAGGACAUGAAUCCAGAUAAUUACCUGGUGGUCUCUGCCAAUUGCAAGGCUAAGAAAGAGAUUAAAUGA